UCCCACAUGCAAGGCUGACGUACAUGGGGCACCGUCUGAUAAGCACCCAGUACACCAAGGGAGGUGGAAGUGUGAAGACCACUCAAGAACUGAGGAAGAGAUCCCAAGUUUACUCAAUGAUAAAUUUGGAAUUUUUCUGAAUGGAAAACUGAUACCGAAGGAUGAAAAUAUUGCGAUCCCAAAUCAACUUCAAUCAGACUACUCUUCCAAGCCAGAUCUGAACAUCUAUCUCCAGAGGGUUGGCCUUCCAGAAUUCAUGGCACCUUCAAUGCAACCAUCCCUUUCUGGGUUACGAGCUUUACAUCGCCACCACUUGCUCUCUAUCCCUUUUGAAAGCCUUAGUAUGCACAGUGGGGAAAAAAUCCAUCUAGACAUUUGCUGGAUAUAUGAGAAGAUUGUCCUGAGAAAACGUGGAGGCUUCUGUUUUGAGAACAAUGGUCUUCAUUUUUGGGUCUUGCAACAAUUGGGGUACCAGCCACAGGUCAUAUCGGCCAAAGUGAGGGAUGAAGUCACCGGUCUUUAUACACCUCCACUUUCACACAUGUUGUUAAUAGUGGAACUUGAGGGAAGGCGAUGGCUUUGUGAUGUUGGUUUUGGUGAAGGGAUCAUAGAGCCAUUUCCGUUGGAGGCCGGAUGGGAAGAGGAGCAGGACAGCGGUGUGUAUCGAUUACGAGUAGAAGGAGAUGAGUGGUACAUGGAGAGGAAGGAAGAGGAAGACUGGAGGAGUCUAUACAAGUUCACCCUCGAGGAGAGAACAUAUGAGGAUUUCCGAGAUAUGUGUGAAUAUCUUCAAACUGAACCUAGCUCUUUUUUUGUCCGUAAAUCCUUCUGCACCCUACAGCUCCCCCACGGAAGACUGACGUACAUGGGGCACCGGCUGAUCAGCACCGAAUACACCAAAGGAGGUGGAAGUGUGAAGACCACUCAAAAACUCAAUGAAGAGGAGAUUCCAGGUGUACUGAGAGAUAAAUUUGGGAUUGUGCUGAGUGGGAAAUUGAUACCAAAAGAUGACUAAGCAUUUACCAAUAACCGUCAACCCAGUAACAUCUAUCCAUCAUUAUACAUAUGUGUUACAUAUGGGGGAUGCAACUUCUGGUUAGUUUAAAUCCACCAAACUACGAUUAUCUCUGUCAUCACAGUGAUGUCUGAAGCUGUCCAAAGUAUGUUUAUCAUAGACAAUCAUCCUCACCAAGCAACCAAGACCUAAUGCAUUUGUGAGGGUACUUUCACACUAGCGUUAUUCUUUUCCGGUAUUGAAAUCCGGUAAAUAAUCUCAAUACCGGAAAAAACUCAUCCGUUUUGUCCUAAUGUAUUCUGAAUGGAAAGCAAUCCGUUCAGUA